AUGAGCGGAUUGCACCAUAGUUUGCUGGAUUAUAAAUGCCAGACUACUUAUCUGCGGAGCAGGAUUCAAGAUAUUGAUGUCGAUCAUGGGAUUGUGUUCUCCUUCGAAUCCAACACACAAUUGUGUGAUAUGACUAUCGACAGUGUCGAGUCUCGCUUACUACUUGUUGGAUCACAUGACGGCCACAUAUACAUAUUUGAUGUUGAGGACCCAAGUGUUUGGAGUCUUGACUCGGUUAGACACACUUCGAUUGCGUCUGUUUGUAACAGAAGUAAAAGUUCAGGAUUGAUGUCAAAAGGAUCCCCACUCGUUUGUGUACAAUGGUAUCCAGUCGACAGUGGUCUUUUCAUUUCGGCGUCAGCUAAUAAAAUGCUUGGAAUAUGGGACACCAACCGCCUUGAAUGCGUCACGUCAGUAAGUUUCGCCCAGAGUUUGUCCUGGUUAUCUAUGUCACCUGUGGCAUGUAGUCACAAUCUGAUCGCAGUUAGUCUAGGACCAUGCAGUAAUGAAUCAAGUGGCCGCGCCGUUUUAGUUGAUCCUCUCAUGGGUUGUACAGCCACUACACUUCUUGGAAGCCAUUCUCAAUCAGGCCUCACACAAAUUACUUGGUCCCCUCGGGCUGCUUACGUGGUUGUUACAGGGGGACGUGAUGGGAGAGUACUGUAUUGGGAUAUCAGGUUUCCUACAAAACCGAUAUAUUCUCUGAACAAAGAAAAUGAUCCACAAAGUGAUUUGGGAUAUUCUAAUGAAGCUAUUGCACAUACAGGACCUGUGCUAGGCCUCAAAUUCUCAUCAGAUGGCUUACAUUUAAUUUCAUGGGGGGGUUCCGGUUUAACAGUAAGUGCUGCAUCUCUUCGUCUUUGGACGCCUGGUCCUGGUGAUUGUGAGCAAUCAUCACAUAUUCCUAGAUUGCGUCCCGUAAACUUCGGGAACAUAGUUCUCAACUCAGAAAGUGACCAACUUUUUGACGCUAGGAAUCAAACUUUCACAAGUUCUAAUUCCUCAGGAAGUGGGAAUCAGAGUCCACAAUCGUCUGUCUUACCAAUAAGAUUGGAUACCACACACUGGUCAAUAGGCGAUUUGUGGGGAGCCUCGUCGUUAUGUAUUUUUGUCCCUGUAAAAAACCGCUUAUUAAUUGCUUCAGCGUCUAAAUACGACACAUCGACUAAAAUUAUAACGCGACACUUUUCAAAAAUACGUGCAUGUGUUUGGAAUGAUCGUCAUUUAGAAUUGUAUACCUGCGGAGCUGAUGGAAAUCUGUUUACGUGGCCCAUUCUUCCUCUUUCAAGCAACAAUGUGAUUGAUGAUGAUCAAUUUUAA